AUGUUCGGAGUUCCUUUCACAAAUGAGACAAAGGCUGAAUUAUGGAAGAAGUUGAAAGUACAUGUCGACAAAAUCGACAUCGAGGUAGUUGCUAUGGCCAAGGCCGCUGGCCACCAAGUCGCCUACACACCACCAUACCACAGCGACCUCCAACCCAUCGAAACUGUUGGACGGCAGUACACUCAAGAGACGACGUUUCAAGAUGUCCGCUUGCGGCUCGUCGAAGAUUUCGACGAGUUGAAGCCAAGCAGCAUCAAAGGCUGCAUUCACAAGGCCGACCGGCAGCUCGAGAGGCUGGCCCAGUACAUCAAGGACCAAGAGGACAACGACGACGACAGCGACAGCGACGCCAGUAGCGAUAGCAGUGAUGACUCCAGUGGCUCUGCAUCUGAUUAG